UUUCUGCAACUCCCAACCCCCCAACUCAGUAGAGAGAGAGAGAGAGAGAGAGAGAGGGUACUGGUGAAAACUGAGGAGGAGGAAUAUGGAUCUGGCGGUGGUGGAGAAGGCGCUGCUGGGGCUGUUCGUGGCGGCGGUGGUGGCGGUGGUGGUGUCGAGGCUGCGGGGGAAGCGGUUCCGGCUGCCACCGGGCCCCAUUCCGGUGCCCAUCUUCGGGAACUGGCUGCAGGUCGGGGACGACCUCAACCACCGGAACCUGACUCAGCUGGCCCGCCGCUUCGGAGACAUCUUCCUCCUCCGCAUGGGCCAGCGCAACCUGGUCGUCGUCUCCUCGCCGGAGCUCGCCAAGGAGGUACUCCACACCCAGGGCGUCGAGUUCGGCUCCCGCACCCGCAACGUCGUCUUCGACAUCUUCACGGGGAAGGGGCAGGACAUGGUGUUCACCGUCUACGGAGAGCACUGGCGCAAGAUGCGGCGGAUCAUGACGGUGCCCUUCUUCACCAACAAGGUGGUGCAGCAGUACAGGGGAGGGUGGGAGGACGAGGCGGCGCGGGUGGUGGAGGACAUGAGGUCCAACCCCAAGGCGGCGACGGAGGGGGUGGUGCUCCGCCGCCGGCUGCAGCUGAUGAUGUACAACAACAUGUACAGGAUCAUGUUCGACCGGCGGUUCGAGUCGGAGGACGACCCGCUGUUCGUGCGGCUUAAGGCGCUGAACGGGGAGAGGAGCAGGCUGGCGCAGAGCUUCGAGUACAACUACGGCGACUUCAUUCCGGUGCUCCGGCCGUUCCUCCGGGGUUACCUCAGGUUGUGUAAGGAGAUCAAGGAGACGAGGCUCAAGCUCUUCAAGGACUUCUUCGUCGAGGAAAGGAAGAAGCUCGCCAGCACGAUGGGCUCUUCCCAAAGCUCAUCGGGAGAACUUAAAUGUGCCAUCGAUCACAUCCUCGACGCCCAGAACAAGGGAGAGAUCAACGAAGACAACGUCUUGUACAUAGUCGAGAAUAUCAACGUUGCGGCGAUUGAGACGACGUUGUGGUCAAUAGAGUGGGGGAUCGCCGAGCUGGUGAACCAUCCCGAGAUCCAAAGAAAGCUCCGGCACGAGCUGGACACAGUGCUAGGUCCGGGUGUCCAAAUUACCGAGCCAGACAUGGCCAAGCUGCCAUACCUUCAAGCAGUGAUCAAGGAAACCCUCCGGCUCCGCAUGGCUAUCCCCUUGCUUGUUCCUCACAUGAACCUCCAUGACGCCAAGCUCAACGGCUACGACAUUCCGGCGGAGAGCAAGAUCCUGGUCAAUGCGUGGUUCCUCGCAAACAACUCGGACCAUUGGAAGAAGCCGGAGGAGUUCCGGCCAGAGCGGUUCUUGGAGGAGGAAGCGAAGGUUGAAGCGAACGGCAAUGACUUCCGGUACCUGCCCUUCGGCGUCGGCCGACGGAGCUGCCCCGGCAUCAUACUGGCGUUGCCUAUACUCGGCAUCACGAUCGGCAGGCUGGUCCAGAACUUCGAGCUGCUGCCGCCGCCUGGGCAGAGCAAGGUAGAUGUGAGUGAGAAGGGAGGCCAGUUUAGCUUGCACAUAUUGAAGCAUUCUACUGUUGUAUUGAGGCCUAGGGUUUUCUAGAUCUUCCAUUCUUUUUCUUUCUCUCUUCCUCUUGUGUUCUUAUUUGAAAGUUUAAAAUGCUUAUUUUCUUGAGGAUUUGGAGAAUGUAAGGGGGAAAAUAAAAGGGAUGAUGCUCUAAAGAUGAAAUUGAUAUGCCUUUUUUCU